AUGUCAAAUCUUGCAAAGCUUGAAUUUGCGGCCCUUGAUAUUUCGGGGGAGAAUUAUUUAUCAUGGAUUUUAGAUGCUGAGAUUCAUCUAGAUGCAAUGGGUCUGGGUGAUGCUAUUAAAGAAGGAAAUAAAGCAUCUGAACAAGAUAAAGCUAAAGCUAUGAUUUUCCUUCGUCGCCAUCUUCAUGAAGGGUUGAAAAUUGAAUACCUUACUAUAAAAGACCCUUCUGUAUUAUGGAAAAAUUUAAAAGAAAGAUAUGACCACCAAAAGACCGUGAUUUCGCCAAAAGCUCGUUAUGAUUGGAUGCAUUUACGGUUGCAAGAUUUUAAAACUGUAAGUGAAUAUAAUUCUGCAAUGUUUAGAAUUACUUCUCAAUUGACUCUAUGUGGAGAAAGAAUUACUGAUGAGGAUAUGUUGGAAAAAACAUUCUCAACUUUUCAUGCAACUAAUUUGCUUUUGCAACAACAGUAUCGUGAAAAAGGGCAACAACUAUUAAGGAAAUCGUCUUCUAAAAGAGAUCAAGCUUCCUCUAAUUCUUAUGUCAAAGAAGAUUUCAAGAAAGAAAAGGAAGAACCCCAUAAGAAUCUAGCCAAGGAACAUGAACAAGGCAAGGGUGAAGCAUCUACACACACUCGUACUAGUGAUAUUAAGUGCGUCAAGUGUUUGGCAAGAGGCCAUGUAGUUUCUUAG